AUGAAGAGGAGGAGAGGGAAUGGACAUGGCAGCCGCCUGUCCAAGAAGAAGAAGCAAAGAGUUGUGAAUCAACAACAGAACAGUACCAAUUGGCUUCUAUUUCCGAAGAAAAAUGGUGAGACUGGUUACAUCUCCACCGCCACUACACCACCAUCGCCUCAUUAUAGAAGCCGUGUUAGAAGAUUUAGUGUUGAUUUGACUGAUAAGAAGGUAUGGAAUUGCUGUUAUGGAUGGUUAAUUCUUUCCGACAAGAGCAACCUCCGUUUCUCUCUUUGGAAUCCGGCGACAUCGAAAGUGAUCGAUCUCCCUGAGCUAUUUUUGAAGCCAAUUCAGAGUAUUCAGCAGGCUGUUUUGUUUUCAAACAGAAAAGGUUGAUUGAUCACAGAGAUGUCGGAAAGAAUUCGGUUGAAGCCAAACAGUCUCAGUCUCAGACGAACAAUGACAACAACAUUGCACUUGGAGAUCAAGAUCCUUUUGGUCGCCUUCCAAUUGAUAUUCUCAAGAUCAUUAUAUGUUUCUUAAUAAGAAUGUAGUAGAUUAUAUGAAUUUCCGUGCUAUCUGCAGGAGUUGUGAAUCAGCAGCGCCUUUAAUUCAAUGGAGAGAAGCUCCUAUUAGCUUAAAAUCUGCUCCAUUACUGCCA